AUGGAGGAGGGGUGGACGCCUCUGACACAGACUCUAACAGGCCAUCGGGAAACUGUCAAAGUCAUCACAUUUUCGCCCGACGGAAAGCAGAUAGCAUCAGGCGAUGAGGAUGGCGUAAUUAAGCUCUGGGAUACUGUUACAGGAAGCCUCCAGCAGACACUAGAAGAGCGGUGGUGUGACACAGAUAUGGCGCUCCCCCCAGAUACCCAGCUCCAGUGGUGUGUCACAGCCAUGACGUUCCUCCCCGAUAGCAGGCUCCUGUUGUCCGGCAGUAGUGACGGCUCUCUCAAACUAUGGGAUAUCACUACGGGCGAGCCUCAGAAAUGGAUCAGCUUGAGGGGACCAGACGACCGCGAUGGAGGGCCCCGUAGCCCCUACGCCAUGGCUUUCUCGGCGGAUUGCAGGCAGCUCGCGGCCGAUGGUGUUGGCCUUGACGAGUAUAGCUAUAUCAUGCUUUUUGACGCAACUACUGGAGAUCGCCAGAAGAUACUUGCAGAUCAUCCACAAGGGCCCCUGGCCAUGGCCUUCUCACCGGACAACACCCAGCUUGUAGCAAGCUAUCUUGAGGGCACAAUCCGGAUCUGGGAUCCGACCACAGGCGGCAUUCAGAAAACAUUAGUCGGCCACAAAGACAGGGUUUGGAAUGUGGCCUUUUCCCCGGAUAGCACGCGGAUUGUAUCUGCCUGCCAUGAGACGGUGAAUUUCUGGGAUGCGGCAACGGGUGAUCUCCAGGUGACAUCCACGUACCCUAAUGCGCGGGCAGUCGCUUUUUCACCCGAUGGGAAACAUUGUGCAGUAUGCUUUACUCAUGACAUGAUCAUCUGGGAUGCUGAAGGCAAAGCUCAAAAGACCAUAGCACUCCGGUCAGCAGCCGCAGUUGCGUCCAUGGCCUGGUCACCAAACGGCAAGGAGAUCGUUACAGGCUCGUGGGACAUGAUCAUCAGGCGCUGGGACAUUACACUAGGGGACACUUCGCACGCCAUCGGCCACUCAGCCAGGGUUUUAGCUGCGGCAAUCUCACCAGACGGCAAGGUGAUUGCAUCUGGCUCCGCGGACAAGACUGUGAAGCUUUGGGAUCCUGCAACGGGCGAUCUCGCGCAAACCCUAACUGGCCACCAAAAGAUGGUGUUUUUUGUGCGCUUUUCAUCAGACAACAAGCACCUAGCCUCGUGCUCUGACGAGGCAGUCCACCUUUGGGAUGGUGCCGUAGGCGACCUGCAAUGCUCACUCAAGAGCGAUGACGAUUUUAGCACAAUCGCCUUCUCACCCGACAGCCAGCUCAUCGCGACAGGCCACAAGCACGGAAGAAUCCGUCUCUGGGACCCUGCCACUGGUGACAUCAAGAUGACACUGGCAGGCCACGUCAACAAAUUAGUGUCCCUGCCGGGGUGGGAGAACGAGUGGGAUCAAACGAGUGUCACCAUUUUGGCCUUUUCACCUAAUGGCAAGUUCAUGGCGUCAGCCUCUGAGAAUGGACUACUUAAGCUGUGGGAUCCGCAGACUGGAGACCUGCUAAAGACACUCGAAUGCAGAUACGAGAGCAUGAUUACGGCGGCUACGGUGGGCCUUACGACAGGGGCUCAUAGACACGCUACCGUUGUUGCAGUGGACUUUUCACCAGACGGCCAGCACAUCGUGGCGGUCUGCAAUGAUCAGACCAUCAAGGCAUGGAACAUCAAAAAAUCACUCAAGGCCUCCAAGUUCUUGGGGCGCGCUGUCGGGAGCCACAUCAAGUCGUCCCGGCCCUGGAAGGAGAUUCAGACGGCAGAGCAGGCGUAUGAUGCACAUUUCACAGCAGACAGCCGAUACCUUGAAACAGACAUCGGGAAAAUCGCUUUUGAGAGCAUCGCCGCGUCAAAGGAAGGGGAGGAGGAGGGGGAAGGGAAGAAGCAACUGCCAGUGCAGUCAGAUUCGGAUUCAUUGCAGAAUCUUUAUGUCAGAGAUGAGUGGAUAUGCUAUGGGACCAUGCCCUUUCUUCGGCUCUUGCCUGACUUCCAAGUCGUUUGUUGGGACGCAAACGGUAAUCAAGUGGUCAUUGGAUUCACCACGGGUCUUGUCUCAUGCUUCGACAUUGAUCGACGGAGUUUGCAUCGGUACUGGGAACAACUUUAA